AUGGCUGAUCAAACAUUAUUAGCAAAAGCUCGAAAAGCUCGAUUUGAUGAUUUACCAAAUUUUUCAGGACAUCCUUCUGAGGAUGUCGAACGAUUUUUAAAAUGCAUUAAAAAUAUUACCAAAGCCAAUGCUGAAUCAGAAAAUAAAGAAAUUCUUGAAAUUGUACGUGGUAAAUUAACUCAAUCAGCAGGCUUAUGGUUUGAUAACAAUGAACAUAAUUUUAAAAAAUGGUCAGAUUUCGAAGUCCAAUUUCGAAAUCGUUAUUUCUCAACAACAAUGAUCCAUAAAAAGUUUGAUCAAUUAAAGCAACGAAAACAAUUACAUAAUGAACCUGUUACUGCUUAUAUUGAUGAUGUCAUUAAUUUAUGUCGUGAAAUUGAUCCAACUAUGUCAGAUUCAAUUAUCAUUCAACAUCUGAUGAGUGGUAUUAAUCCUGAUUUUAAAAAAGAAAUUUCUCGGCAUGAAUCAUGUUUAUAUAACUUAAAUGAAUUUUUAAAAUAUGCCAAAAUUGAACAAGAUUUACAAGAUACAUUUGAUAAAUCUCAACAAUUAUCAUUCGAAUAUACACAACAAAAUGUUUUAAAUAAUUAUCGACCAUUUACUUCAGUUACAACCACAGUUAAACAGCCUAGACAACAACUUCAAUUUAUGAAACAAAACAAAUUUUUAUCACAUACAUUACCCACACAGAGCUCCGUUAUUAAUCGGAACUCGAACUACCAACCAGCACUUCAAUCAACAUAUGUACCUGACAAACAAAUUUAUACUAAUUCACAAGAAAAGAUAUUCACGAAUAAAUAUACUAAUAAUCAACCAGCCUCACAACAACAACAUGAUUAUUGUAAAUUGUACAAUGUCUCCACAUUUUCAAUAACUGGGUCACAUGAUAGCGGUGUUCCCAGUCAAUGUAUUCAGCCAUCAACAACAACAUCUUCUCCCGUUUAUAUCAAGAUUCGUGUUAACAAUCAACCAACUGAAGCAAUUGUUGAUACCGGUUCCGCCAUCUCAAUCAUUCAUGCAAAUUUUCUCAAAACUAUUCAUCAUGAACAUUUUAUUUAUAACAAUUAUAUAUGUCAAACAGCAAAUUCAACACCACUUAAUAUAAUCGGUCAAAUUAAAUUAGAACUAAGACUUAAAUCAACAACAACAUACGUCAUUGCUCAUGUGGCAACAAAUUUAAUUACAUCCGUAUUAUUAGGUAAUGACUGGAUUAAUUCAAAUCAUGUUCAUCUAUUUGGUGAUCAACAACAAUUGACUAUUCCUGAUCAACAUGAUCAAUUAAUAUCGAUUUCAUACGUAGCACCUAUAUCUAUUAACUAUCCAGCAUUAUUAAUUGAUCAAAUUACUCUGCCACCAUACUCACAACUAUUAGUUGAUAUUUCAUGUGAAAUUAACAAUGAUAAUAAUCUGAUAUUUGAACCAUAUUCAAACUAUGCCUCAAAAUUUAUUUUUAUACCACAUACAUUAUUAAAUAUCAACAAUCAUAAAGCUAAAAUAUUACUAAUCAAUGCUCAGAAUCAACAAACAAUAUUACCAAGAAAUACACGAAUCGGAACCCUUUCUCCUCCCUCAACUUACACAAUAUGUUUUAGUACAUCAAAUCCAACAAAACAAAAUUCAUCUUUCAAUAAAUAUAAUCAAUCAACAUCCAGUAAUUCAAGCAAAUUAAAAUAUAGAGCUGUCACAAAUAAAAAUGACAACUCGGAAGAAGACAAAUUAGAUAUUAUUUGUGAUAAUUGCAAUGAAUAUUUUCUAUCUGGUAAUGAUUUACAAAAACAUUUACGAGCAAAAUGCUACUCUGAUGAAAUUCGUCAAAAAAUAUUCGAUUUAACAAAACAUAUAGGAAAUGAAAAAAACCGUUCGAAAAUUGAAGAUAUAUUAUGGCAUAAUAAAAUUCUAUUCGAUCCUACACCAUCCAUUAUUAACAUUCCACCACAAUCAGCAAUCAAGACAGGUGAUCAUCCACCUAUUUACUCAAAACAAUAUUCGUCUUCUUUCAAAGAUCAAGAUAUUAAAUUGCAAGAAACACAAAAAUUAUUAGAACGUGGUCAAAUUGAAGAAUCAACUUCUCCAUGGUCAUCACCUAUUGUUCUUGUUAAGAAAAAAGACAAAACAAUGCGAUUUUGCAUUGAUUAUCGACGAUUAAAUACUAUUACAAUUAAAGAUGCAUUUCCAUUACCCCGUAUUGAUGAAAUUUUUGAUCAAUUAUCCGAUGCAAUAUAUUACACAAAAUUUGAUUUUAAAUCUGGUUAUUUCCAGGUACCUCUAUCUAAAGAGGACCGACCUAAAACUGCAUUUUCAACUCGUGACAACCAUUAUCAAUUUACUGUAUUACCUCAAGGAAUUACAAAUGGACCAGCAACAUUUCAACGUGUAAUAAAUCAUAUAUUAGGGCCUGCGAGAUGGAAAUAUGCAUUAGCAUAUAUCGAUGAUGUUAUUAUUUUUUCGAAAACAUUUGAAGAACAUUUAAUACACCUUAAUGAUAUUUGUACAAUAUUAAAAAAUGCUCGAUUUCGUCUGAAUCCAGACAAAUGUGAAAUUGCUCAAACUGAAACAGAUUAUCUUGGACAUAAUAUAAAGAAUGGUGAAAUUCGUCCAAGUUCUCAUAAUAUUAAUGGUUUAUUGAAUACCAGAUUACCACAAACUGCAGAUGAAGCUUGUAAAUUUGUUAAAGCAGCUGAAUAUUAUCGCAAAUUUAUUCCCAAUUUUUCUCAAAUCGCUGAACCACUUAGGAAAUUUGUUCCAACUACAAGAACUCAACAAAAGAAAGGACAAAAAACAAUGAUUACAUUAACGCAAGAUGAACUUAAAGCAUUCGAACAACUUAAACAAUUUCUUACAACUGACUUAGUGUUACGAUUACCGAACAAUAGAUUCCCUUUCAAGGUUCAAACAGAUGCUUCGGAGGAGGGAAUCGGUGCAGUAUUAUUACAAAUAUAUCCAGAUGGUGAUAGACCAAUUGCAUAUCUUUCGAAGAAAUUUACACAAGCACAACGCAAAUGGUCUCCAAUGGAACAAGAAUGUUACGCAUUUAUAUGUGCAUUAGAUAAAUGGCAUAAUUAUUUAAGUGGAAUUAAAUUUACUUGGGAAACUGAUCACAAAGCAUUAACACAAUUAAACCAAAAAGCUCAAAUUAACAAACGAUGCGAAAGAUGGAGAUUAAAAAUUUUAGAAUAUGAUUUCAAGGUGAAAUACGUUCCAGGUUUAACAAAUUCUAUGCCCGAUUAUUUAUCAAGAUCUCCUGUUGAAGAUGCUGAAGAAGAUCCUGAUGAAACCACACACCUUCAUUCCAAAUCAACACAAACUGAUAUUUUAUAUGAUAACCAACAUUCAUCCAUCAUCGCAGCUGUUGAAACUCGUGCUAUGAAAUUACGAAAUAACACUUUAAAUGAACUUUCAAAUACAACAAAAUUAACAUCAGAUUCUCUACAUAAUUCUAUUCAAGAGAAUCGCACCACUCCAUUUUCAAUUGAAGAAUUAAUUCAAGCUCAACAAAAUGAUGCUUAUGCAAAAAAUAUUUUUAAUAAUAUCAAGAAAUACAAACAUUAUAUUAUAAAAGACAGUAUCUUACAUACUAUGGGCUAUUUAAUUUCAGUCUGA